GGGGGACAGCGACGGGACCGUUACGCAUAACUUUUACGCACAGCUGCUGGAGAUCAAUGCUACCUGAAGCACGGACUACACUUUCGCUCCCACAGGUGUGACUAUGUUAAGGGCGCGAACUGUGGGGAUGAAUGAAACGUUCAUACUUUCCUGAAAACAGAACCAGCGUUCAUGUGUGGAGCUUACAUGGAAGAGCGUGCUGCGCAGCGUGCCAAAAUGAGCUUUUACCGGCAGAGCUGGAUGAUCCUACAAAUAGUCUUUGCGACUAUUACAACUGUAAACACGCAAGAUUUGUCAAGUAAGGAAGUGACUAACAGUAGAAGUCCAGUGCCUUUCCCUGUCCAUCUGCCCGUCAGCUACGAGGUGUGGGAUGCAGACUACCUCAUCCUUAAGGAGGCAGGGCAGGACUUAAUGAGGAACUCCAGCAUGCAGAGUCACACUCAGCCCUUUGUUAUUUUAAGAGCAAGCCGCCAGCCAGCUGUCAAUGCCACCUAUGGCACCAUGUCCACAGAGCGCCUCGUGCCUCUGGAUUUGGUCCAAUCCGUGCAGCUCUUCAACGCCCCAGAUGUCUUUACAUUUAACUGGAAAAUCCAGGCCUUUGUGUUGACGCCUCGGGUUUUUUCCUCCAAGCCCAAAGUGCGGAUCCUCUUCUAUGUUGCUGGAAGGGACUGGGUCAAGGGAGAAGAAGCCGGGGAUGAGCUACCAUGUGUGACAGUAUAUGCUUUCUGGCAGACCCAAGAGGUGAGGGGUUCCUGUGCCCUUGGAGGCGAGAGGGGGACUUGCAUGGCUGAACUGGCCCCUGCGCCUGGCUGGUUUGCUCCAGGGUUGGAGGGCACCAGCAGGGAGAGGCAGGAUCCAACUGCAGGGAACCCUGUUGAACUGUACUAUCAGGCUCGGCCUAAAGUAAACAGGAGGUGCAAUUCUGAGGAUGGAAGUCGAUGGGGGGGCCCACUGCAGCAAACAGAGUUUACUCCUGUGACUCCUAUGCAGAGGAUUGGAAGCGUACGUCUUCUACAAGUACCUAAGGGCAUGGCAACCCUUUCUCGGCUAAAGCUCGGCAAUGCCAUUGUCAUUAGGACAUCCUCCAAACCUUUGAAAAAGACGGACAUUGCCACAUUCUACAUCCUCAUGGCCAGCUCGGCUCAGCUGACCAACUUCACUCUCAGAGCUUUAGUGAAGAAAGGUGUGACCUUUCGAACUGCAACACCCAGUAACUCUUUGCUGUGGGACAUCACUUUGGACAUGGAUGCAGAUGGAGCCAUUGCAGUUCUUUGCAAGAGAAAGGCUCCAAUACCUGGAAAAAAGCUUGACAGCAGCCUGUUUGAGGUGCUUCAGAUGGACUUCGAGGUCGAGGAACUGAGUAGUCUUCUGGACAGUCAGGUGAUCAUUUGGAAGCUGGAGCUGCCGUCUGCACCCAAAAACCUGGCAAAAACUGAAGGGGCCAUGAGAAUCUACACAACUCAGAGAGACUUUGUCGGUCUGGCUCCUCUCGUAAUGGACACAGAGAUCGUGAACACAGCAGUGCUGACGGGAAAAAAGGUUGUGAUGCCUGUGAGGACGGUAGCAGUGGAAGAAGAUGGAGCAGUUACAGAUGUAUCAGACUACACAGACUGCAGCUCUACUGAUGAAGAUGUCCUCAAGGUGUCAGACAGGUGUGAUUAUGUUUUUGUAAAUGGCAAGGAAAUCAAAGGCAAGGUGAAGAUGGCGGUAAACUUUACCUACAGCUACCUCAGCGCUCAGCUGGAACUAAACGUGUGGAUCCCUCAGCUCCCUCUCCAGAUUGAGUUGUCAGACUCAGAGCUGAGCCAGAUCAAAAGCUGGAGAGUGCCCAUACUGACUUCAAAAAGAUCUGGCUGGAACAGCGAUGAAGCCCAGCAGAAGGGAAAAGGCUGCAUGCUGCAGCUUCAGCAUGCACUUGUGCGAGUGCUGACUUUUUUCGUGGCAGAGCAAGAAGACAUAAGAGAUCCUGUAGCCUACUUCCUCGGCUCUGACUGGCAGGUGGAUGUAACAAGGUUGGUCCGAUUCUUCAUGAAAGUGGAGGACACACGCGUUGCACGACUUUAUGAAGGACGGAUACUGUCAGGCCGAGAUUUUGGGACCACAACCAUCCAGGUAUUUUCCCCAUUCUCCAACGCUGUCUUGGCCAAGACAACUGUCAGUGUUGUGGACGAAAAAGUUAGCAUCACAGAGUUAGGGGUACAACUGGUCACAGACCUUUCCCUGACUUUGCAACGCAGCUCAGGAAGUAACAGGGCGAUCUUGGCUACAAUCACAACACAAGAAGUUCUACAAAAUCCCAAAGAGGAAGCUUUGGUCAGUGCCUGGCUGCAGUUCAGCGAUGGCAACCAGACACCCCUUGACAUUUAUGAUCCGGCCUUCUUCCGUGUGACAGUAGCGUCCUUAGAUCAAGGGGUGGUUUCAGUGCAGGGCAAACCUCCAGUCGUGGUGGCAGAAGGAGAGGGUGAAGGAGUCCUGGUAAGAGUGGAGAUGUCCAUCUGUGAGGACUGCCAGAAGUCAAAACGCAAAAGUACUGUGGCAGUAGGCAAUGGCAGCCUGAAGGUCAAGUUCCAGGUGAACACCCGACGGCCAGCUGGCAAUACCCGCAGCCUUGAUCGAGGCACAUUUGGCAACAAAGACAAUAGCAGUGACUAUAGCAGUGAUGUGGUAGACGUGAACAGUGAGAGGACGCAAAGAAAGCCCUCGCAAGAUCUUCCAGCACAGACCUCGAUCUCCAACAAAGAAGAGAGUGCCAAUCAGAAGAUCACAACAACUAUGAAGUCUACAGAAAGAUCCGUGAUGACCAGCGGCAGCCUGGGAGGAGUUGGCAAAGCUAGGAAUUCAGGAAUCACUGGCAGUACUGCCAGUGUGGUGGACUUUACCCUCAUGAAAAGCCCGGAAGAUAACAGAAAGGGAUAUAAUUCGGAUAAUUUGAUACUGGAGGAUUUGAAUACUCUUAACUUCACGAGCACCAUGAAAGCUCCUGGGAAUCUGGUAAACUACAACUUUCCUACCAAGGGGGAGACACCAGAACAAGAAGCCGUGGAGGUAGACAUCGGUGGUGAGGAAGCACUGGCUAACAGGCCCCUAACAGACUUAGAGAUCGGCAUGUACGCUCUCUUGGGAGUUUUUUGUCUGGCGAUUUUAGUGUUUCUAGUGAACUGUAUUUCAUAUGUUGUUAAAUUCAAGCAUAAAAAGCCUCCCUCUCAGGGCCAGGAACCCACUGGGCACAGACACGACUGGGUAUGGCUCGGCACAGACGCCGAGCUGGUGAUGACUGUGCCUGGCAGCCCUGUCCAGCAGGACUCCCAGACCACCACCACUGUGAUAGACAUUGGGCCUGACAAGACUGCCACUCUUUCUCGAAGGCCCAGCUGCCUGGCCUCUAUGACAGACUCUCCCCUCAGCUGUGCGGUCUCGCAGAGGAGCAAACCCAUGCAGACUGACUCCCUUCAUUCGCCCACCAGCAAAAGAAAGAGAGUCCAGUUCACAACUUUCUCCACGCUGGAACGCCAGCAUUCGCCCCAUCUUUCAUCCAAGGAGAACGGCCAUGGUAUACACUGGGUUGGGAAGGAAGAGAGCUGUUGGGAGGAACCUCAAGUGCCCAUCACAGAGCCUGGGGAUCAGUUAUAAUGAACCAGAUCAGACCUCACAUGUACAGUAGAUGUGGCUUUGAUCACCUCAAUGCCUUUGCCAAGAACAUAUGAUUUUGUAAAAAUGCCCACUCCACAACUCAUUGCCUAUUACAGCCUUUUACAUGUACAUGUACUGUAUAUUGUACAUAUCGCCUGUCAGAGAGUGAAUUUGUGUGAUGUUUUCAUAUUGCUGACCAGUUGUAUUCUUAAUCACACAAUACUUCAAGCCACAAAAUGUAAAAUGCUGCAUGUGGAUAUUUCCAUCU